AUGCUACUGCUGGCCCGGCUUGACGGCCGUCUUCCCUUCUCCAGUGGAAUCGACCAUCAGGUGCCACGUCCCAUUGGACAUAUGGAUUUGACGUCUGCAGCCGGUGACGUGUUCAGCGGAUGCGAGUUUAACGACCUCAAGACCGGCUACACGCCGACAACGGAUACCGACGACUACUUCACCUUCACUCAGGUCGACGACCUCGACACUCCCACACCUUUGGAGCCGAUCUCGUCCAACGCCUUCUUCGUCAAUGAAGUUUUCAAGUCUGAAGAUGGUGAACUUCCGGUUCUCAGGGACAUUAAACAAGAGGACUUUGGAGUUUUCCCGCCCGACGCUGGUCCACGAAGCAGCGAUUCUGGAUUAGCCGCCUCCAUCUCUUCAUUCUCCUCCGCGUCUCCGUUGUCCUCCUUUCCUUCUGCUUUCGCCUCGACCUGUCCCCUCUCCACUUCAAUUGCCUCAGGCCCGACUCAGUCUGGCGGCCAAUUGGAGCCCUGCCUCUUGCAGAUGACCGCGCCAACUCGCUCUUGA